UUUUCUAGAUGAAGCCAAGUUCAUAAUGACAAAUACAAACAUGUUUGUGCUCUUUGACCCAACGACAUAGUUAUCUUUACGACAAGUAAAGAUGUUUAUACGGCUGACUAAACUUCCGAGGAACUCUACUAUUAUAACACUGAACCGAUCACGACCAAAUCACGGGGCCGUUUUAAGCGCUUCCGGACGGGAACUUUACGCAUUGAGCGUGUGUCAGCGUUCCAGCUUCUUGCCGUGAAAGAACACGCGCCAGUGUUGAAGCCUAUGAUGUGCAUUUGCAUUUCCCAGCCUGCCGGAGUACUUCACAAAUGAGCCAAAGAUUUGUCAGCCCGCGCUAACUUGGAAAAAUGAGAAACCAAACCGGGGAAUGAUUGUUCUGUGUUUCUGAACGGAUUUAUGUUUUUUGUUUCGAUCGGACUUAUUGAGUUCCUUGUAGGCUAAACAUGGGGUUAUCCCGAAAUGAAACGGAAAUUUGGACAGAGGAGCAUAUGGACACGAACCACACGACCGACACUUUCGGUCCGGAGGUAGUGAUUGUGCCCGUCAUAUUUGGAUGUAUAUUUUUCGUGGGAAUCAUUGGAAACACUCUAGUGAUGAUUGUCAUUGGGAAAAUAAAGUCGAGGCGCUCGAGAAGUACCACUAACAUUUUCAUCCUAAAUCUCAGUAUAGCAGAUUUAUCUUUCCUCCUGUUUUGCGUCCCGUUUCAUGCCACCAUAUACUCUCUCCCCGAGUGGAUUUUCGGGGCUUUUCUUUGUAAAUCUGUGCACUAUUUUCACAUGGUCAGCAUGCUGGUGAGCAUUUUCACGCUCGUGGCCAUGUCGGUGGACAGGUACAUUGCCGUUGUGCUCUCCAAAAAGUCCCCGAGUAUUCGUAACCGGAGGAAUGCGCUCAUUGCCGUCGGUGUCAUUUGGAUGCUUUCCUUCAUCUUUGCAGUCCCGGUUGCGCAGCACCAAAUUUUGACGGAUCACCCCAAUGCUCCCAAUAGCACGUUCUGCUGGGAGAUUUGGACCGAAAGGGUGGCCAAGCACACUUACAAAGUGACUAUUCUCGUCAUAGGGUAUCUGUUACCGCUGGUUUUGAUCACAUGCUGUUACGCCAAGGUAUUGUAUCAUCUUCAUAAAAAAAUGAAAAUUAUGUCCAAGAAGUCUGAACGGUCAAAGCGAAAGACAGCUCAGACGGUGUUGCUGGUUGUCACUGUGUUCCUCAUCUGCUGGAUGCCUCACCACAUUAUCGCUAUGUGGGUAGAAUUUGGCCAUUUCCCACUGAAUCAUGCCACUUUUGCGUUUCGCAUCAUCUCUCACUGCCUGACCUAUGGAAACUCCUGUGUCAACCCCAUUCUUUAUGCAUUCCUCUCUGAAAACUUCAGAAAAGCCUGCAAGCAGGUCUUCACGUGCCAUUUUUUUUACUCCACUCCGGCCGUGGAGAAAGUGGUGCGUAUUCGCACAGAGAACUUCUCCAUGACACAUUCCACCACCAACCUGUGACUUCAAACUUUUUAGUGAUAUCAGUAGUUGAAAACUUUUCUUUUGUUGUUUCUGCUUCAUGGCUUGGUGUCAUGAGUUAGACAAAGAAGGUUUGACUAACAAGGACAGUAAAAAUGAAGUUACCUUGAGAAGUAAAAACCAUAUAUAAUGUCUUAAUCCAUGUUUAGUAAAGUCAUUUGUCUAUAACUAUUUAAGUGUAAGUAGUGUUUGUCAUUGAAAUGUUAUUGCAUUUUUAUGUUCACUGUUAAAUGUAAUGUUAUUGAAAAUAAUUAAAACCUAUGUAGAGAUUGAAUUAAUUAUAUAUAAUUACUAUAAUUCUAUUGUUUAAUGUUUCAGAGAAUCACGUUAAAAGAGCAUGACUGUUUGUGAAGGAACUGUGCCGUCUGAACACCUUUUUGCAUAGUGUUUAUGUAAUAUUCGAACAAACACUUUAAGUCUCAGUUUAAACAUGCCAUAAACUUCAAUACUUGCUUGUAUGCUGUAAUUAUAUACUCAGUGACAUUGGUUUACAUGUAUUAUGUCCAGUCUUAUGGUUAUAUAUCCAUUAUGAAAAAAAAAAAUCUUAAUGAAGGUUUACCCCUUUUAAGAAUUUGAAUAAAAAUAUCUGAUUAAAUGAAAAAUGAAAUGUAUUUUUAAGUUUUCUUGUCCCUUAAGGCUAAGUUAGAGUGGGUUAUUGUUUAGAAAGGAUGUCGCUAUCUUUAUCCUAAUGCUUAUGGUUAACUGUUUGACAUACCGGAGAUUGUCCCAAA